UGUAGUAUAAAACGCGUUUGCAUGAAAUACAUCACAUAUCACAAACGAAAAUUGAGGUUAUAUUAUAUUAUAUUAUAUCAUAUUAUAAUGAAAUUAUAUUAUAUAUUAUUGCAUUAAGAUAAGCAAAAUUUGAAUUAUAAACAAAAUCGUAAAGCUAUUUUUAAUUUGAAACAUAUUUAUUUUAAUUCAGGUGCUCCUGUAGGUUCUGUUCUGUGUGGAACUAAAGAUUUUAUCACUAGUGCAAGGAGAAUCAGAAAAGUACUUGGUGGGGAUAUGAGACAAGUUGGUAUUCUUGCUGCAGCUGGGCUUGUAGCUCUUGAAAAUAUCCCCAAAUUAGUUCACGAUCAUAGAAGGGCUUACGCUUUUGCAUCUGCGAUAAAUGAAAUCCAGUCGUCUAUAUUUUCGAUUGAUUUGAGUACUGUACAGACAAAUAUUGUUUUCCUGAACAUCGAAUCCGAUACCAUUGACACAACGAAGUUCAUUCAUUGUUUGCUAGAAUUUGAUGAUGCCGAGAACGAACACGUUGUCGUCAAGUGUUUGGGAUUGACCGAUUCACUUAUCAGGUUUGUAUUUUCUUUCGAAAUUACAGACGAUGAUUUGAUGUUAGCUAUUAAAAAGGUUACAUCCGUUAUUAAAAAGUUAGAUCCUAAAUUCUAAUUAUUAUAGUCAAGGGUGCCUAAUUGUUAUCUAAAAUAUAUUUAUUGGGAUACGCAUAA